UGGACUCGACGCGUUCCCAACGCGCUCCUUAUGGCGACGUCAGACCUUCCCAUAGACCAGCUCGAGUCCCUAAGACACAAAGCCAACCAGAUAAUCGAAUCUGUUUCUGCACUACAGCGCAUGAUAGAAGGCAGUUAUCAAAACUAUAUUCCUCCGUGGCCCGAUAUUCUCUCCAAAUACCAUGUCAUUCUUUCCCAAACACAGAACUUCUCAAAUGCCCUUGUGUCGCCACUGCAGGCUGGUCAACGCGAUCCUACAUUAGAUCACAAACCCCCACCAAAUCCAUUCGAGGGACUUGCACUACAUCCUCGAAAACCAAUGACGGACAUGCAACUUGACAAUGAAGUCAUCCCGCUGUUACGAAAUCAACAAACGACAGAUGUGUUGAAAAUGGAGAGCGACACUGUGCGACGGCUGGCGGGGCAUUUGGCGACAAGAGGAACUCUGGGAGUACUUGGUAUUGUUCAGCCGCCUCCAUCAGCGCUGGGGGUAACAUCCAAGAAACCUGAAUACGAAGAUGUUCUUCAGGAGUGUGCCCAAAUAAGAGAGGCUCAUGACCAGAGAGUAGAACGCGCGGUCAGGGCAGUCGCAAUGUUACGAGACAAGUUCGAAACCAAAACGCGUAUGGAAGUCGACGAGGAAGAACCUGAAGAGCUUGCGUAUGAUCCUUUACAAGCUGCUGAUGAUUCAGCGGAUGAAGACGACGAAGAAGAAGCUGGGGCGAGUGCAGCGUUAGCAGAAGCUACUUAG